CGCAAGCAUAUUCCCCAAUCCCGUUUCUCGCUGCUUCCACUCUACUUCGACCUUCAUUCUCUCUUUUCUCCAAUCCUCAUGCUCCGGCCUCGAUCGGUGCAACCUGGAACACCAACAUGCCGGUUGUUCAUCGUCAUAGCUUGAUAGCCUCGCCGGAACGCCGCACUCCUAACCGACGAACGAAUUCAGGCAAAAGGGCGAAGGCAGGGGCUGACCAUGGAGAAUGCGUGCCCAUGUGCAGUGGUAGGGUUUCUCGGAUGGAAUCACCAUUAACUGAAUCAAACUCAAACCUAUCACUUGAUCUGAUAUAUCGUCCUUUUGCCAUAGCUAAUGCACUCACAACCGGACUUAAUGAUGGUUUUAGAGAUCAGCGAGUGAACGAAGAUAGGAAAAAACUAAUGGAUUGUGUGUGAAAUCCAUAAGUGGAAGAAGAAUGUGAAGAAGCAAAAUCAAACGAUAUAAUGCAGAGUAGAUACAUGUAAUAUAUUGAGUUAACAAUUUGAAUUAUAUACUUAUGGCGACACUAUUGCAUGUUGUUUUUGUUUCUUAUUGUUGUAUCAUGUGUAUUAUUUUUUUGUUGCAACAUGUUUCUUUUUGUUGUAACAUGUUGCUUUUUGUAGCAUCGUGUUGCUUAUUGUUGUAUUGUGAUACUGAUCGUUGCUCUUAUGGAUUUGGAUUUUUAUUUUUUAUUUAGGUUUCUAUU